GUGACACCCGCCUGCUUGCAGCUUCGGAGAACAGCGGGUUUCCGAGGAGGGCUCAGGAAGAGAAGUCAGGGUGACCAGGGAGGCUGAGAGUUUGUCCUCUGGCUGCAGCGCCAGAGCCGGCGCCUGCGCAGGGGACCAGGUCUGGGUCAAGGACUGGAAUCUGGUCCCCCUCAUACCAAGGUGGAAGGGACCCUCAACAGUCAUCCUGGUCACACCCACAGCAGCAAAAGUGGAAGGGAUUGCCACCUGGCUUCAUCACAGCAGGCUGAAGAGAACUUCACUGCCCCUGUGGGAAGCAAAAACUGAUCCAGCCAACUCCUACAAGGUGACUCUCAGACGGUCAGCAUGCCCUGCUCCAGCCACAGACCGGGAGCUGGCUGGUCAACACAUGGCCGAAGCCUGAGGAAACUCCUCAUAGGACUUCUCUUAAUUGUACUUUGGACUUCAGAGGAGAAAUGUGAUCCGUGUACCCACACCACUAAGGAUACCAUGGCAUCGGAGUCCACCAUGAAGGCCCCCAUUUGUCUAGUGGAAAACUUGAAAGAGCAGAUGGUGGUGAAUCCCAAAGCAUUACAGAUUCUGAAGAACAUUUCUCAGCCUGUGGUGGUGGUGGCCAUAGCGGGGCUAUAUCGUACAGGAAAAUCCUAUCUUAUGAAUCGUCUUGCAGGACACAGACAGGGCUUUUCUCUGGGCUCCACCGUGAGGUCUGAAACCAAAGGCAUCUGGAUGUGGUGUAUGCCUCACCCCUCCAAGCCAAACCAGACUCUGGUCCUUCUGGACACUGAGGGCCUAGGCGAUGUGGAAAAGGGUGACCCUAAGAAUGACUCGUGGAUCUUUGCCCUGGCUGUGCUUCUGAGCAGCACCUUUGUCUACAACAGCAUGCACAUCAUCAACCACCAGGCCCUGGAGCAGCUGCACUACGUGACUGAACUAACAGAGCUGAUCAAGGCAAAAUCCUCCCCAGGAAUGGAUGAAGCAGGGAGUGCCACUGACUUUGCAAGUUUUUUUCCAGACUUUGUUUGGACUGUAUGGGAUUUUUCUUUGGAGCUGAAGUUAAAUGAAAGUGUCAUCACAGAAGAUGAGUACCUGGAGAACGCCUUGCAGCUGAUUCCAGGCAACAACCCUAAAAUCCACAAUUCCAAUAUGGCUAGAGAGUGUAUCAGGCGUUUCUUUCCCAAACGGAAGUGCUUUGUCUUUGACCGACCUACAAGUAACACAAAAGAUUUACUUCAUCUGGAAGAAGUGCCAGUAUACCUACUAGAAAGGAAUUUCCGAGUGAAAUCUGGAAAUUUCUGUUCUUACAUCUUCACCCAUGCCAAGACCAAAACUCUGACAGAGGGUAUCACUGUCACUGGGAACCGGCUGGGGAUGAUGGUGGUGACCUACGUGGAUGCCAUCAACAGUGGAUCAGUGCCUUCUCUAGAAAAUGCAGUGACAACGCUGGCCCAGCGUGAGAACUCAGCAGCUGUGCAGAGGGCAGCCGACCACUACAGCCAGCAGAUGGCGCAGCGAGUGCGGCUCCCCACGGACACGCUCCAGGAGCUGCUGGACGUGCACGCGGCCUGUGAGAGGGAGGCCGUGGCCAUCUUCGUGGAGCACUCCUUCAAGGACGACACACGGGAGUUCCACAAACAGCUCAUGGCAGCCAUAGAGAAAAAGAAGGAAGAAUUCAUGCUGCAGAAUGAAGAAGCAUCUGUCAAAUAUUGCCAGGCUAAGCUUAAGCGUCUUUCAGAGCCCCUGCUGGAAAGCGUUUUGAGAGGAACUUUCUCUGUUCCUGGAGGACACAAGCUCUACUUAGAAGCAAAGAAAAAGGUUGAACAGGACUAUGAGCUAGUGCCCAGGAAAGGAGUUAAGGCAAAUGAGGUUCUCCAGAGCUUCCUGAAUCAACAGGUGGUCACAGGGGAAUCCAUCCUGCAGUCAGACAAAGCCCUCACCGCUGGCGAGAAGGCCAGAGCAGCGGAACGGGCCAUGAAGGAGGCAGCUGAGCAGGAAAUGUUGGUGCAAAGACAGAAACAGGAGGAGCUGGAGCAGAAGAUGCAGGCUCAGGAGAGAAGCUUCCAAGAAAACAUAGCCCAACUUAAAGAGAAGAUGGAGAGGGAACAGGAAGACCUGAUGAGAGAGCACGAAAGGACGCUGGAGCACAAGCUGCAGCUCCAAGAACAACUGCUUAAUGAAGGAUUUCAAAAGAAAUCUCAGGAGUUAAAUAAAGAAAUAUACCAACUAAAAAAACAGAUGAACAGAGCAUAAAGUCGUGUAUGUUCUGUAAGCCCCUUUGUACUGUGGCCAAUAUGGGGACUGUAGCCCUACCUUGAGCUGCUAAGCCAGUUUGUGUAGGGAUGAAAUUUCUCAACUCAGGUGUGGAAUAGGCCAAAUUCCU